AACUCUGAAAGCGCUCAAUCAGGACUGGAAACUCGCAGCAUCCUAACAUCAACAAAAAUGAAGUACAUUAGCGUGUGUGUUGCUGCCACAGUUAUCAUUGCUUGCCUUUGUAUCUUGGAGACAUCAGCUGUUCCUCUCUCUGAGGUAAGUUUUACAGUCUAUACCAGACAAUGUUUGGAGACUGGGCUUAAAUUGAGAUGGUUAUUACUGCAGUCAAGUUGCUGCCAUCACUGUCAAGUUAGUAUGACAGCAAAAACAGCUAUUAUUCUUUUCCAACAUACGAUUCACUCUUUUCCAGACACAGUGAACCAGAGCCGUCGUUGCCGGAUCUGUUGCAACUGCUGCCCCGGCAUGCGAGGCUGUGGAAUGUGCUGCAGAUGGUAA